AUGGCCGUGCUUAAGCUCCAAACAGUCCUUGCUGUGUCCGAAGAUUAUUUGCCUCUCACACACCGGCCGUUAAUCCGCUGGAAGGCAAAGCUGAAGUGUGUGGCCAAGGAAGGCAAGGGUGUCCUGCGUUCUCACAAGAAACAAAUCUUGAAGAGCAAAAGAAGAAACAAAUCCAUCUGGCAGGGCAUCUCUCGAGCAGCUAAGUUCUUUGUGCCUUUUGUCUAUGGAGCCGAAGAGCUGACUGUGGCUACGGUGAAAAGGUUUGAGAGGUUUGCGGAUCAUGCCAGCGACUUCAUCAAGUUCGUCGAGCUUGGCGGCGGACGCUGCGCAAGGAGCUUGGUGUUGUCCCUUCCAUCGCUCGCUCGAUCUUUGGGCGCUGGGGAAGCAGUGGAGCAUUCCCUACGGAUACGGAGCGGCACAGCUGUUCUCUUGCUUCAGCCAUGGUGGCUUGAGGAGCAUGACGAAGGGAACACGAAAAUAGCAUUUCUAUGGAUAUCCUAUGACCACGACGUGGCGUGGGAGAAGAGUUUGAAGAUGAUGGUCGCUUUCUAUCUAUCUGAUUCUGUGGAUAUCAUGAGAGUCACUACGGACUGCGUAGAUCUCCUGCCAUCCCAGUUCUGCACUGCUCGUGCGGCCAUGAAAGAACUCCUUGCUGAAAUGGCCUUGCACGGACGAAGGUCUCCUGCUCCAUCACCGCUUUAUCUGCGCUUUGUUCGUGGUAUCCAGAACAGUCAUCGCUACGGCUUUGCGCUGAAUCCACAGCUCAGAUGUUCCGGUGGCAGACUGCAAGUGCUGGAUCCAAUCCUGCUGGCAUGCGCCCACUUCUACAUCGUGCCGACUGAGAAAUCAAAUCGUGCUGCUGCUGCUGCUCUUGAGCUUGUCUGGCAUGCCUCGCCAAGCUACUUACCCAAGAAGCUCUCUGAACAUCACGAGGUGGUUGGUUUGCAACAGAUGGAUGAAGAUGUGAUCCCCAAAGUUGCAAAUGGAUUCCAUGGAGAAGAGGGUGCAUUUGAUCAGGAUAUGCAGUGGUGGUGUCCGCAGAGCUCAACGCGUCUAUUGGUGGCCCUCUGCUUUCUCCACCCAGAACUCUACCACAAUGGUGUGAAAGGCAAAAACAGGAACACUCGACAGGUGUUUCUCCGCCCACAACUCUUCCUACAGCUGGCCAGUUCUUUCAAGGAUCCAUCAAGAAAUAAGCAAACUAGGCUGAAGUAUCCUUUAUUAUAG